GAACAUGCGGCGGGCGGCGGCGGUUCGGCGGGCGGCGGCGGCUCAGGUGGCGGGGCGGACGUGUGCGUCGCGCUGCGCGUCGGUGGCAUGAUGUGCGGAGGCUGCCGCGCCAAGGCGGAGCACGCUCUCGCGGCUGUGCCUGCCGUCUCGCGCGCAUCCGUCGACCUUCGCUCUUGCAGGGCGGUGUGCUACGGCGGGAGCACGCUGCAGCCUCAGGCGCUACUGGGCGCGCUCGAGCGGCUUGGCUUGCGCGGGCACGUGCUUGGCGGCGGCGGCGAAGGCGGCGAGGAGGCAGGGGGGGUAGAGGCGAAGGCGGGAGACAUUCCCAUCCUGUCGCUGAUGCGGUCGCUCGGCGAGGCGAAGGAGCACGUCGUCAAGCGGUACAAGUGCGGCUGCGGUUGCGACGGGUGCAUCUGCGCGGCGGAGCCAACAGUGGAGGACGACACGGGCUGCGACGUGACGCUGGGCGAGCUGUGCUUGCGGCUGGAGAGCAGCUUGCGGGCCUUUGGCGACCUGAGCAGGGUGGAGGCCAAUCCCGAGGAGCUCGCGUUGCUGCGGGUGCCUUGCCCCUGCGAUGGGGGCCACGCGGCAGACAGGCCGUGUUGAGUUACAUUCCUGUGGAGGAGUGGGAGUCGUUUACUACGACGUCGGGACGUGUGCAUGGACGUGUGGAGUCGUGUUGUAGACUGUCGUACAAAACGCCGAUGUCUCU